AUGAGUGAUAGAAAAGAAGAUAAAAAUGAUAUUAUAUUAAAUAAAAAUGAAGAGGAAGAUAAUAUAAACAAUAAUAAUAUUAUAUUGUACAAAUCUUUUGAUGAUUUCAAAAUUAAUUACUCUUAUAAAACCAAAAAUCAUCUUCAUGAAAAUGAUAAGAUUAAGGAAGAAGAUGAUCAUGAAAUAAAAAGAAAAUUAAUAAAAUUGAUCAACACUAAUUUUUACAUAGAUAAAUGUAUACAUUUCAAAAAGUUCAGUAAAGAUGAACUGUAUAAAACAUUUAUAUAUUCCAAUUUUUUAACUAAAGCAUUAAUUUUGUAUCCUUCUUUAAUGCCUUAUGUGGAAUGUAUUAUAGAAAAAAUAAAAAAAAUAAAAAACGAAAACAUUACAUUUUUUCCGGCUAUUGAACAGUUUAACUUUUCUAUAGAACAUGCAGUAAGUAGUUAUCAAACGGGGACGCAAACAUUUAAUAAUCAUCCGAACUUUUAUACUAAUUAUUAUCAGAGUUUUAUAAAAAAUGAUAAUAUUCCCUAUAUAAAUCAAACAAACAUUUUUGAUAAUAACAUAAAAAAUAAGUACAUGCUUGAUGAUAAAUUUGGUAGUACAUCAUUAUAUAAUAAUAAUAAUAAUAAUAAUAAUAAUAAUGAAAAUAAUAAUGAUAAAUAUUUAAAUACAUAUUAUGCAUCUCCCAGGGGGAAUCAAAUAUAUAAUUUAUUCCAAGAUAUAAAUAACAACCAUCAUAAUAACAAUAUUAAUAGUUAUAGUAAUAAUAAAUACUUUAAUUAUAAUAUGCUCAAUAAAAAUAAUUUAGAAGAAACAAGAAGUUAUCCAAAUAAUGAUUAUAGAAAUAUAAUUAACCCAAAUAAUUUGAACAGCAAUAAUGUACAUAUGAAUAAUAUAUAUCCUGAACUAAAUAAUACAUACAACAACAUGAAUAAUACAUAUCAUUUAAAUAAUGUACAUUCAACCAGUCUACAAAAUAAUUAUAACCCUAACAAUAAUUUUGAUCAUUCUAUGAAAAAUAUUAAAAAUGAAACAAAUAAUAAUAAUAAUAAUAAUAAUAAUAAUAAUAAUAAUAAUAACAAUAACAAUAACAAUAACAAUAACAAUAACAAUAACAAUAUAUACUCUCCAGAAUUGGAUACACAUUUACGUGUUUAUAAAAACAUUAAUGAAUAUGAUAUUAUAGAAUUGAAAAUAUGCACUACAUUAAACAAUAAAUAUAUUUGCCGAUAUAUAGGUAUUCACAGUGGCAUGACUUUGUACAAUAUUCACAGGUGUAUUUGUAUAUGCUUAGGAGUAAAAAAAGAAGAUACCGACAAUUAUUUACAUGUAUUUAUUCUAAAUAAUGGAAAUAUAUACGGGAGUGGGAAAAAAUGUAGUGUUAGUAUUAUAAGAAAAAUACAAAUAAAUACCGAUCGACACAUUACAUUCAAGCAUAUAAUCAAGACACCUUUGUAUCUAUAUAAAUCAAAAGAAGAUAAAAACAAAAACAAUAGUAAUAAUAAUAAUAAUAAUAAUAAUAGUAAUAAUAAUAAUAAUAGUAAUAAUAAUAAUAAUAGUAAUAGUAAUAGUAAUAGUAAUAAUAAUACUAAUAGUAAUAGCAAUAGUAAUAGUAAUAGUAAUAAUAAUACCAAUAGCAAUAAUAAUAGUAAUAGUAAUAGCAAUAAUAAUAAUAGUAAUAAUAAUACUACUACUAAUAAUAGUAGUAGUAGUAAUAAUAGUAAUAAUAAUAAUUAUUAUCAUAAUAAUUAUAAAAAUGAAAAAGAAUUGAAUAAUUCUUCCUCUCUUGAGCAUUCCAGUAUUAUUAUGAAUAAUGAUAAUAUACAUAAUAAUAUAAAUAACAACCAUAUUAAUAAUAUUACAGAUUUAAAUAAUAUGAACGUAAAUCAAAGCAACAUGAAAGAAAAUAAUAAUAUAAUUGAUUAUAUGAACAAUAAUAAUAAUAAUGAUAAUUACAGUAAUAACCAUUUGAAUAAUUGCAUAAACAAAUUAUAUACAAAUAAUAUUUAUUUUACUGAGGAUUCUCAAAAAAGGAACCCUCUACAAACAUAUAAUACUUCAAAAAAUACGAAUAACUUUUUGAAUGUAAAUAAUUUUACAAGUUCAUAUAAUUUCCCUAAUAUAAAUAAUAUGGACAGUAAUAUAUAUAACCAUACAACAUGUAAUAAUUUUAACAAAAAUAUAAAUAAUAACAUUAAUGAUAUAUCCAUUAAUAAACAUAACAAUAUAUUUAAUAAUAUGAAUCAUUUAAAUCAUUUAGAUAACCAUUCUUAUAUUCAAAAUAAUUUAUAUAAAAAUCAUAUGAAUGUAAAUACAAACAUUCUAUAUAAUAAUCCUAUCAUGAAUAAUAUUAACAAUGAUCAAAUAAAUAAUUUAUCUAUACCAAAUAAUAAAAAUGAGGAUAAUAAUGAAAUCAAUCAUGAUGAUAGUAAUGAUGAUGACAGUAAUAGUAGUCAUAUAACAUUAAAUAAAAGCGAUAAAAAUAAAAACUAUUUUGCGUUAAAUCCAAAAUAUCAAAAUCAUCAAAAUCAUAAUAUAAACAAUAAUAUCCAAAAUAAUCUAAACGAACAAAUAAAAGAAAAAAAUGAUCAACAAAAUCAUAAUAUUAAAGAAAUUAAAAAUAAAGAAUUAUUAAAUGAUACCAUUUCUUCUAUUGAAGACACUAAUGAUAAUUCAUAUUCCAAGUAUAUUACUUCUUCUGAUAUAUCACAAAAUAAUACACUUAAUUCUUUUCAACAUAAUAAGGAGAUUUCCGUAAAUUUUAUGUACAACAAUAUAAUACUUGAUAACAAUAAUAACAUCAAUGAUGACAAUAAUAAUAAUAAUAAUUAUUUUUGUAUUCCAUGUGGAUACAAUACAAAAGAAUAUAAAUAUAAUAUAUAUAAUACAUACAAUUAUCCAAAUAAUGCUAACCAUAUAUACAAUAAUAUGAACAUUUCAUAUAAUAACAGUGCCUACAACAAUAAUUAUGUUACAUAUAAUAAUUUUCAUAAUUCUUACCAUAAUAAUUACAUUCUACAUAAUAAUUUUCAUAAUCCUUACAAUAUAUAUGAUAACAUUCAAAAUACAGAACAAAAAAAAUUAUAUAAUAUAUAUCAAAAUGAUGAAAGACAAAACAAUUCAUUUAAUCAUAUUAAUACAGAUCCUCAUAAAGUUGUAAAUUCAAAUAAUUUUCUGCCUAUUAAUACAUUUCAUUAUAACAACAACUUAAAUCAUAACAUAUUAACAGAAUCAAAUAAUUUAAAUAGAAAAAAUGAAAAUGAUAAUAUUCCUUCUAGUUAUUCACAAAUUCAUAAUCAUCAAAUAUGUAAAAAAGUAGAGGAAUAUACCUACAAUUCUAUAAACCAAAACACCAAUAAUUUUAAUAAUAAUGUCAUGAUGUUAAUGAAUACAUCAAAUAACAUCCCCCUGGAUAAUAAUACUUAUAAUUCUAAUAAAAACAAAAUAAUAUAUAAACAUAUUAUCAAUGAUCAUAUCAAUCAAAAGGAUAAUAAUGUGGAAUAUGAAAAUUUAAAUAAUUCUUGUGAUAAUACACAAAAUAAGGAAACCUUUUGUAAUCAAGAUCUUAUAAAUAGUUCUAAUAUAAAUAAUAAUAUAAGUUCCUACACAUUUCAAAAUAAUAAUGAUUUCUAUACAAAAAAAAAAAGUAUGCAAUAUAAUCAUGAUAACAUUUACAAAAUAAAUACUACUUCAGAAAAUGUAGGAAGCCCACACACCAACAAUAAAACAAGCAUAUAUAACCACAAAAAAGGGGGAUACGAACAGCACACAGAGCAGAACAAUGAACAGAACAAUGAACAGAACAGUGAACAGAACAUCGAACAGAACAUCGAACAGAAUAUUGAACAAAAUGUUGCACAAAAUGUUGCACAAAAUGUUGCACAAAAUGUCGAACAAAAUGUCGAACAAAAUGUUGCACAAAAUGUCGAACAAAAUGUUGAACAAAAUGUCGAACAAAAGGCCGAACAAAAUAGUAAUAAUGAAUCAAUAAAAACCAAUACUGUAGAAACAUUUAAAAGAAAUAAAAACCAGAUUACCAACUCAAAUAAUGUCAUAUCAAAACAACAACAUGACACAAACAACAUCUUAAACAAUAUCAACAUAAAUAUAAAAGAAAAUAUUAAUAGACAUAAAAUAAACGAAUUCCAAUGGGAAAAAUCAAACAAAAUAGAUAUCGAAAAAAACAACUGUUUAACAACAAAAUAUGAUAAAGAUAAUGAUAAUGAAAAUGAUAAUGAAAAUGAUAAUACAUAUAAUAAAAAUAAUGACAUAGUUAUAUGUAAUAAUCAUAAUAAUUCAUCACAUGUUCAAAAAAAUUACUAUAAUAUGAAUGAAAGUAUGAUAAAUGAAAAUAAUAUAAUAAUUACUGAAGGAGAAAAUUUAAUGAAUUCAACUGAAGAAUAUUUUACUAAUGAACUUAUAAAAAAGGACUCCUUAGAAAAAAAUAAAUCAGAUACCAAAUUUCUAAUCAAAUUAAAUAAUGAAAUUAAAAAAGAAGAAGAAAAAAAAGAUAAUAUAAAUAUCUUCAUCAAUAACAAUAUAUAUGAAUUAAAAGAAAUUAAUGGAAAUAAAAACAGAUCAGAUUAUUUUCAUAAUACAAAAGAUGAUAAAGAGAAUAUAACAAAUGUAUCCUCAAAUAAUCAUUUAAGUGUACCUUUAAAUAAAUAUAAUGAUGAAGACAAACAACUAAUAAAACAAAUGAAUCAUGCUUCUAAUAUGAAUUUUAUAUAUGAUUAUAAUUAUCAUAAUAAUUAUAGUUCUACAAAUUCACAACAAUUAAUAAAAAAUAAUACGGAAAAUCUACACUCAUUCAAAAACGAGACACAUUCCACAUAUGUAAAAUAUAUAAAAAGUGAGAUAAAUAACAUGAACAAUUCAAUAGGUGUUCCAACAAAAAAAAAUGAUUACAUGUACACAAAUUAUUUAAAUAUGGAACAUAUAAAAAUGAAUAAUAUGGAAAAAGAAAUAAUAAAAAAAGGAAACGAUAAUGAAAUAAAAGGUCAAAGAAUUCAAGUGGAACAUGAUAGAGAUGUUCAUUAUAAUACAACUCAAGAAAAUAACAUUAUAAAUAAUCAAAACCCUCAAACAAAUCAUGAUGGAGAUAUGAAUAUAAAUAUUAACUCUAAUAAAUUUAUGACCCCUACCACUUUAAAGGAAAAAUAUCAAAAUAAUAUCAACACAAAUGAGCAACAUAAUAAAAAUGAAGAAAACAAGAAUAAAAAUGUAAUAAACAAUACAUCCCAAAUGAUUAAUGAUAAUAAUGUUAUACAAAAUGAUAUAAAUAAUAUGAACAAUAAUGAAAAUGAAAAUGAAAAUGAAAAUCUAUAUAUAAAUGUACAUACACAAUAUAAAUCGGAUAAUAUAUUAUCAUGUGAAAAAAAUUUCAUAACACUAAAAAAUAAUAAUCAUAAUAAUCAUAAUAAUAAUAAUAAUUAUUAUUAUUAUUAUAUUAAUAAUGAUAAUAUUCACUUAAAUAAUUCUCAUAUCGAUAUUAUGAAAACAAAUAACAUCAAUAAAGAUAUGACAACAAAUUCUACACCACAUUUUAAACAUAAUAUUAUAUCAAAUGAUUGCUCACCUAAUAAUAUUAAUCAGAACAUUUUUGUAGAUCCAAAUAAAUAUAUAUAUAACAACAUACAUACAAAUUAUAAUGCAUAUCAUGAAGAAAGUUUACAAGUUGUAGGUAAUCACAAUUCAUCAUCUCUUUUACGAAAUAUCAACGAAUCAUUUUCUAAUCAAUAUGAUAAUAAAAAAAAUUUAGAAGCACACCAUAUUGAUGAUGAUAAAAAUAAAGAAGCAUUUCAUAAUGAUGAUGAUAAAAAUAAAGAAGCAUUUCAUAAUGUUGAUGAUAAAAAUAAAGAAACAUUUCAUAAUGAUGAUGAUAAAAAUAAAGAAGCAUUACAUAACGAUGAUGAUAAAAAUAAAGAAGCAUUACAUAACGAUGAUGAUAAAAAUGUAGAAGCAUACCAUAAUGAUAAUUAUAAUGAUAAUUAUAAUAAUAAUUAUUACUUUGAUGGAAAUAAUAAUAUGCAAGAUGAAUCCUUUUAUUCAAAUAACUCUCAUGCAGAAUACAAUCAAAGUAACAUAGAAUAUAUAUCAAAUUAUGAUAAGAAUUAUUCUCAUAUACAACAAUAUACAAAUGGUUUUUGUUAUACAAAUAAUAAUCAAUAUAUAAAUAACACAGAGUUAACUAAUAAUAGUUCAUAUAUAUAUAAUAACUCAUAUAUGAAUAAUAAUACAUAUUCAUUUAAUAAAGAAUAUUCUGAUAAUAACAUGUGUCAUCAUAAAAAUGAUAACAUUCAUAUGAUUAAUGAUGUAGCAACAAAGCUUAACCAACAUCCCAUGAACAUGUACAAUAGUAAUAACAAUAAUAUUAUUUAUAAUAAUAAUAACAACCAAAUUUAUGAUAACAAUAUUAAUAACAUGUACAACGAUUACUAUAAUUAUAAUAAUAAUAACAUGUACAACAAUUACUAUAAUUAUAAUAAUAAUAAUAACAUGUACAACAAUUAUUAUAACUAUAGUAAUAAAAAUUUUUAUAUGAAUGAAAAGUAUACAGAAGGUGCAACAAAUUUUAUGAACAUAGAUGAUAUGAAAGAUGCAGGAAAUGAAAACAAUAUGCAUAUUUUAAAUAACAAUUCUAUAAACCAAACAUAUUACCACUCAAAAAUUAAAAAUAAUAAUAAUAAUGAUGAUGAUGAUAAUAAUAAUAAUAAUAAUAAUAAUAAUAAUGAUAAUAAUGAUAAUAAUAAUAUAAUGAUGCAUAACAAUUAUCAACCCUUCCUAUAUGAAAAUCAGUAUAAUAAACAUAUACAUAUGAUGAACCAACAAAUACAAAAAGAGACAAAUACUAGUUUUAAACAUAUAACAUGUAAUCAAAAAUUUAUUGAAAAUAAUAAGAUAAACAUAUCAAAUGAUCAAAAUGUUACUAAUAUGCCUAUUUUAUAUAGUAUGAAUAAAGAACAAUAUAUCAACAUAUCUAACCAUAACAAUGGGUGUAAUUAUGAUAACAUCAAUUCUAUUAAUGUUUAUGAAAAUAACAAUGAAUAUAUCGCGCCAAAGAAUAUGUUAUAUAAAAGUGAAGAAAAAGAAAAUCUUUAUAAUUCUUCAUCUAUAUAUAAUCAAAAUUAUGAACAAAAAUAUAUUAAUUACAUGAAUAAUGCUAGCUAUAUAAUGAAUAAUAACAUGAACGAUUAUACAAAUAAUUAUAAUGUACAAAAUUUCAGAACGUUUAAAAAUAAUGUCUUCCAACAACCUUUAUCUUAUUCAAACGGUUCUGAAGCUAUGCUACAUGCGAGUGAAUUUAAUCAAGGAAUAAAUAAAGAAAAUUUUCAAGGAGAAUAUGUUUCUAACUUGGUAAAUUCAUAUAAAGAUAAUGUUAAUAAUGUAGAAGGCGUGUUGGGUAUAAAGAAGGAUAAAGAAAACGAUAAUAAUGAGGAAGAAAAUGAUGAAGAAGAAAAUGAUGAAGAGGAAAAUGAUGAGGAGGAAAAUGAUGAGGAAGAAAAUAAUGAGGAAGAAAAUAAGGAGGCACAAAAUAAUGAGGAAGAAAAUAAUAAUGGAGAUAAUAAUAAUGGAGAUAAUAAUAAUAAUGGAGAUAAUAAUAAUAAUGGAGAUAAUAAUAACAAUGGAGAUAAUAAUAAUAAUGGAGAUAAUAAUAAUAAUAACAUUUUUUAUAAUAUGGAAGGUUCACAAAAAAUAUGUCAUGAUGAUAUUACUUUAAAUGAAUGUCUAAACUCAAUCGAUAUAAACGAAGGAGAAAAAAAAACCUUUGAAGAAAAUAAAUCAAGUUUUUCUAUGUUAUAUUUAUUCGGGAAAGUAAAAUUUUAUAUUAGUAUUAUUGAUAUUAUACAUAAUAAAACCAAUUCUCAUGAUUUAUUAUGGGUACCUAGAUGUUGUAAUGGAAGUUAUGGGACCUUUUUAAAAUAUAAUUAUUCAAAUAUGAAUGAAAUAAAUAAAUAUACACAUGAUGAAGGAAUCGAUAUAGAUUCUAUUAAUUUGAAAUUAAUGGAAACUAGAUUCAGUAAAAAUGUAGCUAGCUCCAGAACAACAAAAAGAAAAAGAAUGAUAGACAUUGAUAAAACAGUUUUACAUUAUUAUAAAGAACAUAUAAGUGAAUUCUUUAAUGAUAAAAAUAAAAUUAUAAAAUUAACAAAAAAACUUUGUAAAUAUAAAAAAAAAAGAAAAUUUAAUGAUACACAAAAAAAGGGAACAUAUAAAGAUGAAAAGGAUUAUGAUAAUUAUGAUGUCCUCCCGAAUGGUGAUGAACAAAACCAUGAAAACAAAAAACAAGAAGAUAAUAAUAAUAAUAAUGAUGAUAAUAAUAAUAAAAAUAAAAAUAACGAUGAUGAUAAUAAUAAUAAUAAUAAUAACAAUAACAAUAAUAAUGAUAACAAUAAUAAGAAUAACCAUAAUAAUGAUAACAAUAAUAAUGAUAACAAUAAUAAGAAUAACCAUAAUAAUAAUAAUAAUGAUAACCAUAAAAACAAUAGUAAUAAUAAGGCUAAAGGUAAGAAUAUGGGGAAGGGAAAAAAACAAACUCCUAAUCGAAUGAAUAAUACAAAAAAUGUUCAAAAUGGAAAAAAUACAAAAAAUAUAAAUAAUAUAAAAAAUAUAAGUAAUAUGAGUAAUAUAGAAAGUAUAAAUAGUAUGACUAGCAUAAAAAGUGUGGAUGGUGAAAAUAGGAUGAACAACACAAUUAAUAUGAAUGGUAUGAAUAAAACAGAAAGUAUAAAUAAUAUAGAAAUUACACAAAAUAUGAAUACUAUUAACAGUAUAAAUAAUAUAAACGGUAUAAAUAAUAUAAACGGUAUAAAUAAUGUAAACGGUAUAAAUCAUACAAACGGUAUAAAUCAUACAAACGGUAUAAAUAAUAUAAACACUAUGAACAAUAUGAACAAUAUGAAUAAUAUAAACCAUAUAAAUAAUAUAAACAAUAUGAACAAUAUGAACAAUAUGAACAGAAUAAAUAGUUUAAACAAUAAAAAUAAUAUUAACCCUAUAAAUCAGUACAAUGAUGAAAAACAAAAUCUACUUAACAGCCAUCUUCAAUUCAAUCAAGUAAAUUAUCAUAAUAACCUUGUGAAUGGUCUUCAUAAAAACAAUUUUUUAAGCAAUAAUAAUUAUAUUAAUACUACAGAUAUUAAUGGAAAUAAUAUGAUUAGUCAUAAUGAUCAUAUGAAUAAUAAAUUAUACAGUAAUAUAAACAAUAAUUAUUAUUAUAAUAGGGCUAACAAUGAAAUUCCUAAUAAUAAUAGUAACAAUCAUAAUAAUAAUUUCAAUAUAUAUGAAUCCAAAUACCAAACCAUGAUUCAUAACAACAACAUAGGACAAGAUCUAAAACAACAAAUAAAUAAUUAUAAUGAAAAUACAUCUUCUAAUAAUAAUUUAAGUAUAUCUCAAUUACUUGAGGGAAAUACAAAUUUUAUAAAUAUUUCUAAUACAUUUAUUAAUACGAAUUAUUCUAAUGAUUUUCAUCAAACAAAUGACUUAUUAGUAAAUCACAAUAAUAUAGACUUGAAAUAUUUGUCUGACAAUAUUAAUACAAAUACAUAUAAUGAACAAUAA